AGGGCAGGGCAAGCAGAGGGAUCAGGCGCAGAGACGGGGAAGAGCAGGGGGCUCAGCGCUGUCUGCGUGGUUGCGGUGGAUGGGGCAGCCUGACACCUGAGGCCUGCAGGGCAGGGGCUGAGGGCAGCAGGGAGCAUCAAGACCCAGACCCUGACGCCCCUGCCUCAAGGCAGCGGGGGAAAUGGCCACAUCAGUGCUUGGCAUGAGCCCCUAGACAAUGGUGUGGAGGGCGGACAGUGGUCUGGGGAGAGCCUGGAACCAGAGAAGGCGGAGUCCGGAGGCUGUGGCUACGCUUGAGAGGAGAGAAGACGGCGGAGGCUUCCCUCACCCACUGCCCAGCAAUCCCGUGAGGCAACAGCAGGGGCUGAGGCAAGUCCAGCUCACAGCCGGGGAGGAGAUCAGGGAAGGGGCAGGUCAAGGAGACCUGUGUUUGGGCCAUUGCAUCAGGCCCAGGAGGGACAUAAAGAACGGUCCUGCAUGCUGGGAGGAGACCGACUUUGGGACCAUGGAGACUCAGAGGGCCAGCCUUGCCCUGGGGCGGUGGCCACUGUGGCUACUGCUGCUGGGACUAGUGGUGCCCUCGGCCAGUGCCCAGACCCUCAGCUACAGGGAAGCUGUGCUCCGUACUGUGGAUCGCCUCAAUGAGCAUUUCUCAGAACCUAAUCUCUACCGCCUCCUGGAGCUGGACCCGCCUCCCACGGCCGAUGGCGACCUGGACACCCCGAAGCCUGUAAGCUUCACAGUGAAGGAGACCGUGUGCCCCAGCACGUCCCAGCAGCCCCCGGAGCAGUGUGACUUCAAGGAGAAUGGGCUGGUGAAACAGUGUGUGGGGACAGUCACCCUGGACCAGUCCAAGGACCAAUUUGACAUAAAUUGUAAUGAGCUUCAGAGUGUCAGGAGAAUUCGUUUCCGGCCUCCACGUUUGCCAAGGCCAAGGCCACUCCCGUGGUUCCCGCCAAGGCGCCCCUUUCCAAGGAUUCCCGGAAAACGGUGAAGGAUUGCCUGAUGUCAUACCCAUUAAGGGCUUUUGGUGAACCCUGAUCCCAGGGAAGAGUCCUAAGGGUCUGAUAUGUUCGGCUCAGACUUCUGGACGGUGAAAAAUAAAUUCUUGUGAAAACAA